UUUAGUGUCAUGAGUAAGUGUUCUCCGCAACAGCUGCUUUGCAUCUAGGGCCCAGAGAAAGAGAGGAUAGUGGGAUUGAUGUGGAUCGUUCUGAACAGGAACACUUUAGAUUCUGGAUUCCUGUCCCUCCUCAGUGACAUCAUGUGUGUUCUGGUUCCUAGCUCUAUGGUUCUGGUGUGCAAGAGGGCGCUGCCCACCGGGAGGGCGACAAUGCCCCCUCAUCUGCAACCCAGACACCUCCUGCCUCUUCUUCUCCAUGUCAUUCUACUCUGCCUCCAUGCAACUGCCUGGCCCCACGAUUCCAGAGGUGUGGUGGAUGACAAGUGUCCCAGCUCAGAGUGGAACCACAUGUGUAGGGACUGUUGUGAGUACCAGCUGAUCCAGUGUAGAUGUCCUUCCCAGGGGGCACAGGUGGGCUACUCCGUCCCCUGCUGCCGCAACCAACUGGACCAGUGUGACCCCUGCAUCAUCCACCCUGGCUGCAGUCUGUUUGAGAACUGUAAAACCUGUCACAAUGGGACGUGGGAGGCCAAGGAUGAUUUCUUCAUCCGAGGGAGAUUCUGUACGGACUGUCGUCAGGGCUGGGCAGGUGGAGACUGCAAGACAUGUGGAGGGGUGAUUCGUAGAGUCCAGGGCCACAUCAUGCUGGAGAGUUACCCCAUUAAUGCGCACUGUGAGUGGAGGGUGCAGGUAGAGAGAGGGGAGAACGUGGAGCUCAGGUUCUCCAUGCUUAGUCUAGAGCCUGACCACAACUGUCACUAUGACUACGUGGAGCUACGGGAUGGUGACAGCCUGAGCUCCCCCGUCAUUGGCAGGUUUUGUGGGAAUGAGCUGCCUCCACCAAUCAGAACCUCUGGAAGCAGGCUGCACGUCCUGUUUGUUUCAGACGGCUACAACAACUUUGAUGGCUUCUUUGCCGCUUUUCAGCAGAGCUCAGCGUGCAGCCCCUCCCCUUGUCAGCACCAUGGAACCUGUUUGCUGGACCCAGUACAGUCUUUUCGCUGUGCAUGUCUGGCAGGCUACACAGGUCAACUGUGUGAGAAUGUUGCUAGGAGUCAGGUGUGUGUGUUGCCAGCGAGGCCCGUGAACGGGGAGCUCCUCUCUGUGUACGGCCUGGAGGAUGAGCUCCUGGCUGUUCAGUACCUGUGCCACCCACCCUACACACUGACUGGCACGCCCCAGAGGACCUGCCUGCCCAACGCCACCUGGAGUGGCACGGUGCCCAUCUGUGGGAAGGUAGAAAAAGAGCCCAUUCGACCCAGUCAGAGGGGUGCAGACCCAGUCAGAGGGCUCGGGGUGUGUCCUCCUCCAGCCAGGCUGCACCAUGGCUACCUCCAGCUGGUCCGGGGCUCUGGAGGAGGGCCUGACACAGUGGACUACUUCUGUAACACCUCCUACAUCCUGAGUGGAGGCUCCCGGAGCACCUGUCUCCCAGAUGGCUCGUGGAGUGGCCGGCAACCACUGUGUGUUAGAGCCUGUCGAGAGCCUAAGGUAUCUGAGCUGGUGAGACACAAGGUUGUGAAGCCAAAGGCCCCAUCCAGGCAGAGUCCAGUCCACGGGCUUCACACCUCGGCCAGGCAUAAGGUCUAUGACAGUCUCCCCCCUGGCAUGGACCCACCCUCCUCAGGGAAGCUCCCCAGCACCCAAGACCCUAUCCUGGGGGAUUUACCCCGUGGUUUCCACCACCUGUACACUAGCAUAGAGUAUGAGUGUGCCUCCUCUCUCUACCAACACUACGGUAGCCCCCGGCGUACCUGUCUGAAGACUGGCAGGUGGAGCGGACGUCAUGUCUCCUGCUCGUCAGUGUGUGGUCAACUCCCAGCAGCCUUCAACCCUCAGAACCUCACUGAGAUUGGAUGGCCCUGGCAUGCAGCCAUCUACCUCCGCUCCCACAUCAUCCGCAGUGCUGGCUCUGGCCUACAAGCGGCACCAGAGGAGGCCUCCUCUCCCUGGCAGCUGGCGUGCAGUGGAGCACUAGUCACCCAGCUCAGUGUGCUGGUGGCAGCUCACUGCCUGGUGGUGGCAGGAGUGGGCAAGCCGCAGUGGGUAGAUCCAGCUGACAUUAAAGUGGUGAUGGGAAUACACAGCCCGGGCCAGAUGAGGACACUGAAACAACUGCAGGUUUCCUCUGUCCUGGUCCAUCCCAGCUUUGAUCCUGUGACAAUGGACUCGGACCUGGCCGUUCUGAAGCUACGGGACAAGGCCAAGAUCAGUGAGCGUGUGCUGCCCGUGUGUCUCCCCAAAAUGCAAGGCGGGGAGGUGACCGCCACACAGGGCUAUGCCACCGGCUGGCUCCUUGCAUCUGACUCAAGGUCCAGUUCCACACCCAGCCUAGACGCCGAGACAGCCCAGACUGGAGUGGUCGAGCUGGGGGAUGUCGUUCAGUGCGAGAGGCAGUUUGCUCAGAGCGGGGCCCCUGUCACCAUCACUGACAAUAUGCUGUGUGCAAUGCGCCAGCCUCUCAAUCCCACCAAGCCUUGUCCCACUGUCAGUGCAGGCAUUACAAUCAUACCAUCUCCUGCCACUAAGCCAUCCUCUGGUCCUUCGGAGGGACAGGGGGAUGAUAGUGUUGUCUGGGAGCUUCUGGCUUUAGAAAGUUUUGGUUCUGAGAAAUGGAACUGUGGCCCAGGGCUUUACACAGUCCAUACCCGGAUAAACAACUUCAAAGACUGGAUACAGAAAAACAUGCAGUAGAUCUCUGAUUUGACUCCAGUCUCAGCCACUCUGUCACCAUCAUUGACAGUCUGUGUUAUUUUCUAACAACUCACUUACUCACUGUUGCCAGUUCCCUGAAACAGAUAACAGGGCUAAGUGCUUGGCAGUGUAUUCGGCUGAGCCAAUUGGAAACUUCCUAAGACGAGAUGUGGGGAGGACAGUCAACCCUGGCACUAUUUACUAUGAUGUAUAUUUAGCACUAAUUACUAUUAUCUACACUGAACAAAAAUAUAAACGCAACAUGUAAAGUGUUGGUCCCAUGUUUCAUGAGCUGAAAUAAAAGAACCCACAAAAUGUUCCAUAUGCACAAAAGCUUAUUUCUCUCAAAUGUUGUACACAAAUGUGUUCACAUCUCUGUCAGUGAGCAUUUCUCCUUUGCCAAGAAAAUCCAUCCACCUGACAGGUGUGGCAUAUCAAGAAGCUGAUUAAACAGCAUGAUCAUUACACAGGUGCACCUUGUGCUGGGGACAAUAAAAGGUCACUUUAAAAUGUGCAGUUUGGUUACAAUGCCACAAAUGUCUCAAGUUUUGAGGGCGAGUGCAAUUGGCAUGCUGACUGCAGGAAUGUCCACAAUAGCUGUUGCCAGAUAAUUUAAUGUUCAUUGCUCUACCAUAAACUGCCUAGGACGUUGUUUUAGAGAAUUUGGUAGUACAUCCAACCGGCCUCCCAACCGCAGACCAGGUGUAUGGUGUCGUGUGAACAGUUUGCUGAUGUCAACAUUGUGAACAAAGUGCCCCAUGGUGGGGUUAUGGUAUGUGCAGGCAUGAGCUACGGAUAAUGAACACAAUUGCAUUGUAUCGAUGGCAAUUUGAGUACACAGAGAUAUCGUAUUUGUAUUUAUUAUGGAUCCCCAUUAGAUGCUAACAAGACAGCAGCUACUCUUCCUGGGGUCCAGCAAAAUUAAGGCAGUUAUACAUUUUUUAAAACAUUAUAAUACAUUCACAACAUAUUAACAAAAUAUAACGUGACGAGAUCCUGAGGCCCAUUGUCGUGCCAUUCAUCCGCCGCCAUCACCUCAUGUUUCAGCAUGAUAAUGCACGGCCCCAUGUCGCAAGGAUCUGUACACAAUUUCUGGAAUCUGAAAAUGUGACCAGUUCUUCCAUGGCCUGCAUACUCACCAGACAUGUCACCCAUUGAGCAAGUUUGGGAUGCUCUUGAUUGGCAUGUACGACAAUGUGUUCCAGUUCCCGCCAAUAACUUCACGCAGCCAUUGAAGAUGAGUGGGACAACAUUCCACAGGCCACAACCAACAGCCUGAUCAACUGUAUGAGAAGGAGAUGUGUCACGCUGCAUGAGGCAAAUGGUCCCACCAGAUACUGACUAGUUUUCUGAUCCACACCACUACCUUUUCUUAAGGUAUCUACAGAUGCAUAUCUGUAUUCCCAGUCGUGAAAUCUGUAGAUUAGGGCCUAAUAAUUUGAUUUCAAUUGACUGAUUUCCUGAUAUGAACUGUUGCAUGUUACAUAUAUAUUUUUGUUCAGUAUAUAUUUAGCACUAUUACUAUGACGUAUAUUGAUUUACUACUCAUCUAAUGAGAAUGUCAUGACCUGCAAGGAAAUUAUGAAGAUUUUAGAAGUCAGACGCAUCACUUGCAAGGCCAGCAAAACGAUUACGCCCAUAUCCUAACCAUAUCAUAGCCAUAAAAUCACCAUAACAUAACCAUGUCAUAACCAUGCCAUAACCAUACCCUAACCAUAUAAAAUCAUAAAAUAUAAUAACCAUAAAAUAAUAUCAUAACCAUAAAAUAACCAUAUAAUAACCGUAACAUAAUGAUAUCAUAAUCAUAAAAUAACCAUAUAAUAACCGUAACAUAAUCAUAUCAUAAUCAUAAAAUAACCAUAUCAUAAUUAUAUCAUAACCAUAAAAUCACAAUAAAAUAACCGACAUUAUAAUAAUAUCAUAACCAUAAAAUAACCAUAUCAUAACCAUGCAUAACCAUAUCAUAGUCAUAUCAUAACCAUAUCAUAACCAUAUCAUAACCAUAUCAUAACCAUAUCAUAGUCAUAUCAUAACCAUAUCAUAACCAUAUCAUAACCAUAUCAUAACCAUGCACAACCAUAUCAUAAUCAUAUCAUAAUCAUAUCAUAACCAUGCAUAACCAUAUCAUAGUCAUAUCAUAACCAUAUCAUAACCAUAUCAUAACCAUAUCAUAACCAUGCAUAACCAUAUCAUAGUCAUAUCAUAAUCAUAUCAUAGUCAUAUCAUAACCAUAUCAUAGUCAUAUCAUAACCAUGUCAUAACCAUAUCAUAACCAUAUCAUAGUCAUAUCAUAAUCAUAUCAUAGUCAUAUCAUAAUCAUAUCAUAGUCAUAUCAUAACCAUGUCAUAACCAUAUCAUAACCAUAUCAUAACCAUAUCAUAACCAUAUCAUAACCAUAUCAUAAUCAUAUCAUAACCAUAUCAUAACCAUAUCAUAACCAUGCAUAACCAUAUCAUAGUCAUAUCAUAAUCAUAUCAUAGUCAUAUCAUAACCAUAUCAUAGUCAUAUCAUAACCAUGUCAUAACCAUAUCAUAACCAUAUCAUAGUCAUAUCAUAAUCAUAUCAUAGUCAUAUCAUAACCAUGUCAUAACCAUAUCAUAACCAUAUCAUAGUCAUAUCAUAAUCAUAUCAUAGUCAUAUCAUAACCAUAUCAUAACCAUGUCAUAACCAUGUCAUAACCAUAUCAUAACCAUGUCAUAGCCUUGUUUCAUCCAGGGUUAAUAAAUACUAGCUUUUUGUACAUUUUGGAUAAUUUAAAUAAUAGAAUAAUAAAUACUUUUUUGUUGAACGUAUGUGUGUAUGUAUAGUUGUAUGCAUGUACUGUACUGUACUGUACUGUACUGUUCUGUUGUGUCUGUCCGUAUGUCGCUCCCUAUGAACAGUACAGUAGGUCUACGCACUAUACUAUGCUGUACUAUACUAUACUGUACUGUACUGUACUGUACUGUUCUGUUGUGUCUGUCCGUAUGUCGCUCCCUAUGAACAGUACAGUAGGUCUACGCACUAUACUAUGCUGUACUAUACUAUACUGUACUGUACUGUACUGUACUGUUCUGUUGUGUCUGUCCGUAUGUCGCUCCCUAUGAACAGUACAGUAGGUCUACGCACUAUACUAUGCUGUACUAUACUAUACUGUACUGUACUAUGCUGUACUGUACUAUACUGUAUUGUACUGUACUAUACUGUACUAUAUAUACUAUGCUGUAUGUACUGUGUACAUUAAAAUGACU